AUGCCUUCGGAACAAGGACACCGCCUCUACGUCAAGGGACGUCACCUGAGCUUCCAGCGCAGCAAGCACGCCCUCACCCCCAACACCAGCUUGGUCAAGAUCGAGGGUGUUGAUGACACCAAGUCCGCCAAGUUCUACCUUGGCAAGAAGGUCGCUUUCGUUUACCGUGCUAAGCGUGAGGUCCGCGGCUCCAACAUUCGGGUGAUCUGGGGCAAGGUCACCCGGCCGCACGGAAACUCCGGUGUUGUGCGCGCCAAGUUCCGCAACAACCUCCCCCCAAGUCCCUCGGCGCUACCGUCCGCGUUAUGCUCUACCCCUCCAACAUCUAAACGGCUUCUAUGUGUUGUUUUCAGUGGGCGAUUCCCUUCUUCGCAUAGACGGUCGGUCAGGCAAGGAAAAGUCGACGGAACGAGCCGAUGUUGA